UAGAGUAGGUUUUUGGCAAACCGGUAUUUAUAAUUACCAGAAAAUGGCAGCGCCCAGCAGUUCGAGUGCUUUAUUGAAAGCUUGUGAAGAAGUAAUAUUUGUAACAACUUUUGGAUCUGAAGACCAGACAGGAAAUGUGAGUGCAUGGGAUGCUCGCACUGGUAAUCUUCUUCAAACAUUCCGCAAUGGAUCAGCUGCUCAGAAUACGCUGUGUAUGCUUGGCGGUGAAAGCUUGCUAGCAGCCUCUCAUACUAAGCCCAUCAUACAUGUCUGGAACAUGCUUAGACAGAGUCAAAAACAUCGCAAGUUGAUAUGUGGCAGCAAAGUGUCAUGUUUGGCCAUGACCCCUGAUGGCAACUACAUAGCUGCUGGUAUGGAAGAUAAGAUACAUAUCUGGCAGGUGUGUUCUGGAGAACUUUAUAGUGUCCUGUCCUACAGCAGUGUUGAAGUGAAGUGUUUGAAGUUUUCUCCUUUUGGGCAGCAUUUAGUUUCUGGUUACAGUGAUGGAGCAGUAGCAGUCUGGGAGUUGAUAGAUGUUCUGUACAAUGAUCCUACAAGCAUAACUGAGCACACACCAGUUAAUGUCUUUCUUGGGCAUGCAGGGGAAGUUACUGAUUUUCACAUAAGUUUGUCAAACAGAGUUGCCUCUUCAUCAAUGGACUUUACAGUCAGGAUCUGGAAUUUGUUGUGUAAAGAACAGUUGAAGAUGUUUGAGCUUGGUGCCCCCAUCACAACAGUUGCCCUUGAUCACUCAGAGUUAUGCCUUUACGCUGGAGAUAUCAAUGGAAAUGUUUACGCCAUUGAUUUACACUAUCAGCCAUCAGAACAGUCUGUUCAUAUUGAUACAAGGGAGGAAAACAAAGGCUUCACACAUCAUGCAGCCCAUACAGCAGCGGUGAGGUGCAUGAAGCUCUCAGUAGACCAGUCACGUCUCAUCACCGGAUCAGAUGACAAAACAGUCAAAGUGUGGACUAUGAUGUCAGCUGUCACACCCCUCGUCAUCACACUAAAUGAAAGAGUGAGCAAUCUUUUGGUGGUUCCCACACCCAGUGCAUUGGUUGACCCAGAUCAUAACCCAAAGAGAGUGAUAGGAAAUUUAAAGCGCCACCUACAUGGAACAGAGGGAGAAGAUAACUGUGAUGACAUUUAUGUGGAAAUAAGAAGUAGUGAGCAUCCUCUGCCUGAUAUGCAUUUUGAGGAACUAUUGGAAGGUUUUUCUUUAUUGCAGGAUGCAAGCGCCCCAUCCACAGACACGACUAAGGAAAUGGAGUCACUCAAGCUUAAAGCAAACCAGUUAAAGAAAGCAAAUGAAGAAAUGUAUGAGUUUGCAUUAAAAGAAAUUAUUAAGUAAA